AUGGUAUCUAUUGUCGAAUCUGUAAAUCAUUAUAAUCAACAAAACGAUCAAUCGGCGUAUAAUAGUCAAAAAGAUUUCUUAUUUCUUGAUUCUAAUAACACCUCUUGGGCCGAUGCCCUUCCUCAAAAACAAGGUCUUUAUGAUCCCGAUUAUGAAAAAGAUUCUUGUGGUGUCGGUUUUAUCGUUCACAUCAGAGGCGCUCCCUCUCACAAAAUCCUUAGUGAUGCCAGAAAUGUUCUCUGUAACAUGACUCAUAGGGGUGCCGUAGGUUCUGAUGCUAGAGACGGUGAUGGCGCUGGUGUCAUGACCGGAAUUCCCCACGAGUUUUUCCAUCAGGAAACUACUAGGUUGGGUAUCCAUUUACCGCCUCAAGGUCAAUACGCUGUUGGUAACGUGUUCUUUAAACCUGAACAUGCUGUUACCGAAGAAUGUAAACUGAUUUUUGAGCAAACCGCAAAAAGUUUAAGCCUGAAAGUUUUGGGUUGGCGUGAAGUCCCGAAAAAUGAUUCCAUUCUCGGUCCUGCUGCUAAAUCUCGUGAACCCAUCAUUUUACAACCUUUCGUUACUUUGGCGAGUUAUGAUCCUGAUUCUUCUUCAAACAAUUCUUUAAAUGAUAUUGAUAAAUUUGAUGAAGCUUAUUUUUCUCGUCAACUUUAUAUUCUUCGCAAGCAAACUACCCAUAUUAUUACU